UUUUAGGUUAUGUUUAUUAACUUGGAAUUUUGUGUUGUAUGAGAUCAUCAGACUAUUUUAGUUUUAUAUCUUUUCCUGGUAGUUUUAACAAUUUUAGCAAAAAUGGAUUGUAUCUAUUUUCUAAUUUCAUUUCUAUUGAUUGUGUCGUAUUCAGAGGGUGAAAACAAAUAUUCUAAAGAGGCAAAUGUGCAAAACAAGAGAAUACUUUUUGAGCCUGCCGGGGAUAUUAGAACUUUGGAAAAACCAUUCAGAAUAGCAAAAUUGAACCUGCUAUGGAAAAAAGCUCAAAUGGUUUACCAGUCCUGCCAACCAGAAUUGACUUGGAAAAAAAUUGCAUCCGAAGGAAAGGAUAAGGAGGGUCUUCAAGAAGCUGAUUUGCGAAAGAAACUGACUGGUAUAAUGAGCACAUACAAUCUUCUAGAACAUUUCAAAGAUGUGAAUGAUCCCAAUCAGUAUAAACACCAUAAGCCUCUUACUGGCGGAAAGUCAGAUACACAUCUGAACAAGAGUAUGUUCAAGGACAAGAAACUGAAUAAGCUGUGGGAAAAAGCUGAGGUGGCAGGGUUCACAGCUGAGGAACUAUUUGCCUUGAAGGAGGAAUUCACUCAUCAUCAGGAUAAACUGGAUCAAUACUAUUCUCUCCUCAUUGACAUAGAUAGCAAAGACGAUGAUCAUCUAAAUUCAGUUGAUGAGAAAAUAGAACAUUUUAAUCAAAUAGAAUAUGGUGAAGAAUUAAACAGGAAUACCAAGAAGGAUUUCGAAGCUAAAGUCAAUGCUUUGAACUUGGACUUCUUCCAGUCCUAUCUGAAACAAAACUAUGGCCACAUCGAGAUGGCUGGUUUAGCAGCAGGAAAAAUGAAACGUCUGUUAUGUUUAAAUGUAUUCACCUUAUUUAAAUGGGUGUUUCAGGUUGAGCUGCUUCACUACGAAAAGCGUAUACUGAAACUUCGUCACCUGCAGGCCGAAGCAGCUCUGAGUGAUCACAAGAAGGCGGCCGGCGACAAAGUCCACUUGACUGACUUUGUCGAUGAGUCGGUUCGAAAGCAAGCCAAGAAAGUCGACAGGCUACACUUCGAAAUCAAGACCAAAAUUAUGGGAAGACACGCUGAGUUGUAACCGUCUUUUCAUUAGAAUAACUGGUAGCUACUUCUCCCAUUUCUAUUCAUUGAGAAUACUCACUUUUUGUAACGGUUUUUAUAUUUGUAUAAGUUUACUUGGGAAAAUCAUGAAAAGACACUCCAAAUUGUAACCGUCUAUCCAUUAGAAUAACUGGUAGCUACUUCUGUCGUUUCUAUUUAUCUAGAAUACUCACUUCUUGUAACUCUUUUUAUAUGAGUUUCCUUGGGAAAAUCAUGGGACGACACUCCAAAUUGUAACCGUCUAUCCAUUAGAAUAACUGGUAGCUACUUCUCACAUUUCUAUUCAUUGAGAAUACUCACUUUUUGUAACGGUUUUUAUAUUUAUAUAAGUUUACUUGGGAAAAAAAUGGGAAGACACUCCAAAUUGUAAACGUCUAUCCAUUAGAAUAACUGGUAGCUACUUCUUUCGUUUCUAUUCAUCUAGAAUACUCACUUUUUGUGACUCUUUUUAUAUUUAUAUAAGUUUCCUUGGAAAAAUCAUGAAAAGACACUCCAAAUUGUAACCGUCUAUCCAUUAGAAUAACUGGUAGCCACUUCUCCCAUUUCUAUUUAUUGAGAAUACUCACUUUUUAACCUCUUUCUAUAUUUGUAUAAGUUUCCUUGUUAUGUUACUUCUCAACUAUCCUAUCAAUGUAGUAAAAAUCUUGCAAACUAAAAAUACUCAUGCAUGUAGGUUCUAUAUAUCUUUCUAUAUGGGUUUAUAAAAUAUAUUCUCUUAGGUAUUCUAGACUGUUUUCACGGUGGUAUUUAGUGUCAAUUUGUAAUUUAGUGUCAAUGGUGCCAAGAUUGCAUUGAUUAUAUUUUAUUCUGUUUAUCAAUUCCACAUUAUUAUUAGAAAAAUCUUCUUUAAAGUAAUUGCGAUAUUAAUUAAAGCGUACACGAUGAUUAAAAGUCAUCUUGGACUCUUCAAUUGAGAAAUAUCGAUAUUGAUUAAAACAUACAAGAUGAUUAAAAGUAAUCUUGGACUUUUCUAUCAAGAAACAUUCUCAAUCAUGUUGUAUUAUUGUCUUUCCUUAGGUUUAGUACACACUAAGGUCCGCCGCAAAGUAGACCCACGCUAAUCCACAAAAAGCCGUGGGAUGUUUUGUAAAUCAUUGCUAAAGAAUUAUUAAUAAUCAAUCAGCUGACAAGUGGAUUAUUCAUUGCAUGUAUUACAGAGAUGUCUGGAGAAGCCUAGCAAUGGUUUACAAAACAUCCCACGGCGUGGGUUUCUUUUCGUGGAUUAGCGUGGGUCUACUUUGCGGCGGGCCUCAGAGUCUUUUAUUGAUUUUUUAUCUCUUCCUAUUUUGAUAAUGAUUUUGAGUAGUCUCACCUUGAUAAUUCCGGAUACAAUCCAAGUUUUCUAUUCAUAUGACUAGCAUUAAUCUAUAAAGUCAUUGUUUGAAUUUAUGUGCCCAAAAAUAAUGUAAGUUGUCAAUGUGACUAAUUUUAACAAAAGGUAGCUAGAAGGUUUUAAAGUUUAUUUGAAAUAUUAUGAACAAAUAUUUUAUUUAUUAGGGUAUCAAACUAUGAAAAUCGUGCAAUUUUCUAUAACAUUUGUAAAGUGCUAAUAUAUUUGAUUGAUUUGAUAUUUUUUCAUUAAAACAUUAUUUGAGAAAUA